AUGUCAACAUCAGGCCCACGUGGUCGAGGUCGUGGAAAAAGAGCAAAUCGACAAGAUACAGGUCCACUUGAACCAUAUCGAUCUCAAUCAAUGGCCAUUAUACCUGAGAAAUUUCAUGAAGAAAUUAAAGAAAAUGGUACAAAAAAUCAUUUACUAUCAUCAUCAUCAUCAUCGUCAUCAGGACACAAAUCAUCUUCUGAUCAACACCCUAAAUCAACAUCACAUUCAUCAAUUAAUCGUGCUAGAUCAACACGUCCAUUUAGAAAUUCAAUUCGUUCAGCUGUACCUGAUACAUCUGUUAUAACAAUGGCUAAACGACCAGAUCGAGGUGGAACAGCUGGUCAAAAAUUACAAUUGUAUACAAAUCAUUUUAAAUGUAAUAUACCUCGAACAUUAAAAUGUCAUCAAUAUGAUAUUGAAUUAGAAGUAGCAAAUCGUGAUGGUACAUGGCGUCCAGCAAAAAAAGACGAUCGAUUUUUUGUAUUAAAAAAAAUAAUUGAUCGUGAAAAUUUUCCAUUUGUUUGGUAUGAUGAAGGAAAAAGUCUUUAUUCAAUUGAAUUACUUGUUGAUUUUAAAAAUCAAUAUGAAAUUAUGAUUAAAGAUAAAAAAAGUGAUCGUGAACAAAAAUAUCGUUUAUUACUUAUUAAUCUUGUCAAAUCUUAUGAUAUACAGGUUCUUUGGGAUUUUAUUGAAAAUAAAAUACCUAUUCGUCCAAGAGAUCCUAUUAGAAUACUUGAAACACUUCUUAAACAGACUACUCGUGCAACAAUGGUUUCUGUUAAAAAUCAAUUUUAUGAUCGACAUCAACAGCUCGAUGAUUUAGGCGAUGGUCGAGGUUUAGCUAAUGGUUCAUAUCAAGCAAUGUUUCUAACUCAAAUUGGUGCAACAUUAAAUAUCAAUUCAACAUUUACAUGUUUUUAUCAACCAUUUAAUUUAGUUGAUUUUCUUUGUGAAUAUCUUCAACAUGAUAUUGUUCGUGAUGGUAUCGAUGAACGUGAACAACAAUUAUUAUUAAAAAAAGUUCUUAAACCAAUUUGGCUUGAAACUCAUCAUACUGAAAGUAUACGAAAAUAUCGUAUACGUGGUUUUGGUGCAUCAGCACGUCAACAUACAUUUCCACGUAUGAUCGAUGGUACAAAUAAUGAUACACAAGAAAGACAAUCAGUUUAUGAUUAUUUUCUUGAAAAAUAUAAUAUGAAAUUAAAAUAUCCAAAUUUACCAACAGUUGAAUUAUAUACACCUCCAAAUAAAACUCAAUUUCAUUAUUUACCAAUGGAAUGCUGUACAAUACAAGCAUGGCAACGUUCAAUAAAACCAUUAACUACUGAUCAACGAGCACGAGUAACAAAAAAAACCGUUGUACGACCUAAUCAACGAUAUCAAGCAAUAAAAGAAAUUGUUCAAACUCGACAAUUUAAUGAAGAUAAAUAUAUAAAAGAAAUUGGUAUGAGUGUUGAUGAUGAAGAAAUGCUUAUUGUUGAAGGUAGAUUAAUUGCACCACCAGAAAUUAAAUAUAUAAGUGGACAUGAUGGACAAAGUGAAGUUGUUGAACGUAUUAAUAUUGGAAAAUGGAAUAUUCGUAAUCGUUUUCAAAAAACACGUCAUAUUGAUACAUGGGCUUGUAUUAUGGUUUCAGCUCAAAGACCGAACCAAUAUCAAUUAUCAAUUGCACAACAAUUUGUCAAACAUUUUCCAUAUGUUAUUGAACGUUUUGGUAUUUAUUUCGAACCAAACCCAAUAAUGAGAAGUGAUCCAGCUAUACCACAAAAAAUUCAUGAUCGAUUACAAGAAUUAAAAGGUUCAAAUUGUGAAGUUGUUUUAUUUAUACUUAAUGGUGUUGGAGAAGAUAUUUAUAAAACAAUUAAAUAUUUUGGAAAUCAUAAACUUGGAAUUGUUACUCAAUGUACAGAUUUUGUUGCUAUUGCAAAGAAUAUCAAUAAACUUGAUAUGUAUUUACAAAAUCUUGUACAAAAAUUUAAUGCAAAACUUGGUGGUGUUAAUGGUAUGGUAUCAUUGGCUCGUGCAUUAACAUCAUCAACAAAAGAUGAUGUUUUCAUGUUUUUUGGUGCUGAUGUAACUCAUACAACAUGUUCAAGAGAUAAACCAUCAAUAGCAGCUGUUAUUGGAUCAAUUGAUUCGACAAGUACACAAUAUGCAUCACGUGUUAGUGAACAAUAUCCAGCACGUGGAAGAAUUUCAUUAGAAAUUAUUAAAGAUUUAUAUCAAAUGGCAACUGAUUUAUUAAAAUUAUUUGCACAAAAAAAUGGAUGUUUUCCAAAUAAAAUUGUUUUUUAUCGUGAUGGUGUUGAUGAUGGACACUUUCAAAAAGUACUUGAUAAUGAACUACGUGCAUUACAUAAUGCUUGUAAAGCUCUGUAUAUGAAUAAUCCAUUACCAAAAAUAACGUUUAUUGUUGUUAAAAAACGUCAUAAUACACGUUUUUUUGUUCGAGAAUCGAAUUCAAAUAAUCCGAAUAUAACAAUGAUGAAUAAUGUACAACCUGGUACUGUUGUUGAUACGAAUAUUGUUCAUCCAGGAGGUUUUGAUUUUUAUUUAAAUAGUCAUGCUGCUAUUCAAGGUACAUCACACCCAAUUUUAUAUCAUGUUUUAUAUGAUGAAAUUGGUUUUUCAUCGGAUGAAAUACAAUCUUUAACCUAUUAUCUUUGCCAUUCGGAUGUACGUUGUACAAAAGCUGUAUCCGUACCAGCACCUGUUCAUUAUGCACAUUUAGCUGCAUAUCAAUCUCGUGAUGCUGAUAGUUAUGAGAAUGAUCGAAGAAGUAGUAUAGAAGGAGAUUUUGAUGAUGAUGAUCUAGUUGAUGGUAUGGGUUCAAUAACAUUACAAGAAGUCGAAACAAGACUUAUUCAAUUAGAUCCAACUAUUCAAGAUACUAUGUGGUAUGUUUAA